CCAGAUUGGUCAGUGAGUGCAAUCUGUUCACCUUACCAUUUACGAGGCAAAAACGAAGGCAAUUUGGACGGUCUAUGUCUGACCUGUCAUAGGUAAAAACAAGGGGGCACGCGUGAGUCAUAUCUGAGUUACACUGGGAAGGGUGGUUCCUUGCAGUAAAUCCUUUCGAGAGCACAAAAGGGUGGGGGGAUUUCUUUAACGUCGCUUUCCAGAAUCACAGGGCUCGGGUUAAGUUCUACGUUGUCACAAUGCAGGGAAAUCUCUCCGCGGACUCAAUCAGAGGCUGCGGAGGUACAGAGUAAGGCAAGAGAAUGAAAGAAGUAGAUAAUCUCGAAAGUAUAAAAGAAGAAUGGGUUUGUGAAACAGGAUCUGACAACCAACCUCUUAGUGAUGAUCGACAAAGAAAUUGUGAAUAUUUUGUUGACAGCCUUUUUGAGGAAGCUGAGAAGGUUGGUGCCAAAUGCAUGUCUCCCACUGAACAGAAAAAACAGGUGGAUAUAAGUAUAAAAUUAUGGAAAAAUGGAUUCACAGUCAAUGAUGAUUUCAGAAGUUACUCUGAUGGUGCAAGUCAGCAGUUUCUGAACUCCAUCAAAAAAGGGGAGUUACCUUUGGAAUUACAGGGAAUUUUUGAUAAAGAGGAGGUGGAUGUUAAAGUUGAAGACAAAAAAAAUGAAGUAUGUAUGUCAACGAAGCCUGUAUUCCAGCCCUUCUCAGGACAGGGUCACAGACUAGGAAGUGCCACACCAAAAAUUGUUUCUAAGGCAAGGAGUAUUGAAGUUGAGAAUAAAAAUAAUUUGUCCGUUCAACUAAACAAUCUGGAACCCAUCACUAAUGUACAGAUCUGGUUAGCCAAUGGAAAAAGGAUUGUCCAGAAAUUUAACAUUUCUCACAGGAUAAGCCACAUCAAAGACUUCAUCGAAAAAUACCAAGGAUCUCAAAGAAGUCCUCCCUUUUCCCUGGCCACAGCUCUUCCUUUCCUCAGAUUGCUAGAUGAAACACUCACAUUGGAAGAAGCAGAUUUACAGAAUGCUGUAAUCAUUCAGAGACUCCAAAAAACCGCUGAACCUUUUAGAGAACUUUCAUAACAUUGGUUUUUGAUACACUGAGUGGAAAGUUUGCAGAGAAAUGAUGGUUGUAUAUGAACAUCCAAACCAAAAUGAGGGAAAGGAAGUGAGAUUCACUGGACUUUUGGUUUGAGCACUAUUUAACUCCCUCCUGAUGAGAAGAUUUUUGAAUAAGUACAAGUUAGGAAAGUGAACCAUGACUGGAAACUAUAUUCAGUGCACUUUUCCCAAAAAGCUGCUCAGAAGGAAUACUACACUUAUUUUCAAAUACCAGUUAUUCAACAAUAAGGUAUAUUAAAUCACUAUAUAUCAUAUAGAAUCUUAAUGUGGUAUAAAUUAGCAAAUGUAUUCACAGCACCAUUCAUUCAGAUAUUCCCAACCAGCAGUGGUAUGUUCAGAUGUUAGCUGUCUCAGAUUUUUGAAAUAACAAUAUAUUAAGAAAAUUAUACAUGGCAGGUUAAAAACAUCAGUGUAAUGAUUUUACAUCUGAGAUACAGUCAGAAGGCUGGAAGGAAUUGCUUUCACCAGAGCUAUGCCUGAACCUCAAAAUGUUCUCAAUUUUUACUUUCUAAUGGUGAAAUACACUCAUUUGGCACAGUAUCUAAAAUGUAUUUUAAGAAUAAAACUGUGCAGCUUAGUAUAAUGUCAGUAUUAAUCUGCCUACUCACAUUUUGACAUUUUCAAGAAGUGUAAUUUUUAAAAAUUUCUUUUCUAUGCAGGAACCCUAGUUCAGCCGUUAAUUUUGUUUUCUUUUGAAAAUUAGGGAUUUGUUUUUAGCUAACAUUUCUGAGUUAGCCUUUCAUUUGCUACCACUCACUUAGAAUCUAAUGCUUGUGUUGACACAUUGCUAUUUAAUAUUUUUUAACUGCAUCAGAUAAAGUAUGGCUUUCUAUUCCAUAUAUAUCAGAGCCAACCUGGGUAUAUAUUAAAGGAUUAUUUAUUACAUUCUGAUGCCACCAAGGAAAACAUGUUUUGUAUCUUAGUCUUUUAAUUCAAACUGGUUAGACUACUAUAUUUCACUGUCAGAUUGAAUUCCCUUACCUGAAGAUAAGUUUAAGAAGUUUUUUUUUUUCAAAUUACCUAUUGAAUCUUACUUAAAGCAGAAUUUACAUUGAAUGUGCCAAGGAACUAAGUAGCCAUACCUAUCAGCAGUAAUGUUCACAGGGCCCUGGGUGUCUGCUGGAAAGAGCAGUUCUCAAACUUUUUGGUCUUAAGACCUUUUGUUUAUGUGGGUUAUAUAUAUAUGAUACUGAAAAUAAGUUAUAAAAUAUUUAUUCAUUAAAAAUAAUAAGCACAUGUUAAUAUAAAACCACAUUUUAUUGAAAAUGCAUUUUCUAAAAAAUUCAGUGAGAAAAGUGGCAUUGUAUUCCAUUUUUUGCAACUGCCUUUACCAUCUGACCUAGAAAAGACAGAUGGGCUCUUGUAUCUGCUUCAGCUUUCAUUCUGUUGGAUGUCGCACAUCGUGUGACCUCUGGUAAAUGCUGCUGUAUAUUCACGAGAGAAGGCGGGCGCAAAUAAUGUCUUAGUUUAGUUAUGAAAAUAGUUUGACUUAGGGACCUCCUGCAAGAACCAUUCU